UCCAUUACCAAGAUAAGAUGUUCAUGGCAUUUAUCACUCACUCGAGUCAAUGUUGAGAUACAUGAUGUAGUCCAAGAGAAGAGAGAAAAUGAGAUUUCUAUUAUUGGAAAAAUGUGAGAGAUUACAAAUGAGUCACAAAUGUGCUUUAUAUAAAGGGUAAAACUGUGAUAUUUGUAACAUUUUUAUGUGUACAUUUUUUUUCUCUCUCUCUUUCAGAACCUGAAUUGCAUUGUUAGGACAAAAAUAAUAAUAGUGGUAGUUCGUUUCCUUUAAAUUCAAAUCAAAUCAUUCUCAAGCGUAUGGUAACUAGUAAAUAGUUAUUAGAAUUAUUAAUUAAACAUGAAAUGAUUCUUGAAAGUUUUAAUAUUGCAAGCUAAUUUCUAUAAAGGACGGGAAAAUUUAUAUAAUAUCAUGGUAUCUGUCCAACUUCUAGAUAGUUUUUAUGUAUGACUUGGAUAUAGAUAAUAGAUAACGCAAAAAUUCAGAGGCAAACAUAAUAAUGCAAAUGAAUUCAAGAAGCGUUUCAGUUGGGGGCCCAAACCCAAAUACUUCGUUGAGCCCAUUUCAUAUAUUGGCUAAGCUACCAAACUAAACCUCUUUUUCUAUUAUUGAUCGAAAAAAAAAAAAAAAAAAGACCUCGCUACCAGUUGUGGAUGGAUUGGAUUGCAAGUCCCUAAUCUGAUCUUCAUCGCUUGAAUUUCGAUCCGAAUUGUUUCAUUUCAUUUAAUCGGUUCGUCCCUUUUGAGUUUGAGGUAACCAAUGGUUUUAUCUAAUUGAGAUAAUAUUGUCUAUAAAAUGUUUGAUGAAAUGCCUCGUAGAAUGCUUUGCGAUUGUGAACGAACUCAACUAAUCAGUAUUGUUGUUUUUCUUUGUGGAAAGAAUUUACCUGAAAGCACAAGAAUAAAGUUGCAAUGGGAAGCUACAAAGGACAAAGGCUUUCUGGGAUGCAAAAGCAGGUACUUAGCUUAUACAGAGGAUUUCUACGUGCUGCACGUUCAAAAUCGGAAGAGGAACGACGCAAAAUAGAGUCAACAGUAUCACAAGAAUUUCGUCGUAAUUCAAAGGAAGUAGAUCGCAAAAAUUUUCUCUAUAUUGAGUACUUACUUCGCCGUGGUAACAAACAGCUUGAUCAGCUUAGGAACCCUGGUACCACUGGCUUAUCUUCUUUGCAACUUCAUUCCUCCAAAACCGAUUAAAUCACAUUCACCCUUCCGGUCUGCGUUAAACAUUCAAAUAUAAUGUUUAUCAUUACAGUUCCGAAUUCUUAUGCGCCGGAUAAUCUCAAUUUGUUAAUUCCAAAUAAUUUAUUGUUGA